AUGGUUCGUUACGCUGCCCAGCCAUCCAACCCAGCCAAAUCAGCUUCGGCCCGUGGAAAGGGUUUCAGAGUCUCAUUCAAGAACACCAGAGAAACCGCACAAGCCGUCAAUGGAUGGAAAUUGUUGAAGGCUCAACAAUACUUGGAUCAAGUUCUCGAUCACCAAAGAGCCAUUCCAUUUAGAAGAUUCAACCACUCUAUUGGAAGAACCGGCCAAGGUAAAGAGUUUGGCGUCACCAAAGCUAGAUGGCCUGCCAAGUCCGUCAACUACAUCAAGAGUCUUUUACAAAGCGCUCAAUCCAACGCUGAAGCUAAGGGCCUUGAUGUUGAAAAAUUGACCAUCUCAAACAUCCAAGUCAACCAGGCUCCAAAGGGAAGAAGAAGAACUUACAGAGCCCACGGUAGAAUAAAUGCUUACAAAUCAAGCCCUUCACAUAUUGAAAUCACCUUGACUGAAGAUGACGAAGUUGUUGAAAAAGCCACCGACAAGAAGGCUGUCAGAUUGAACGCUAGACAAAGAGGAAGAUUGGCUGGUCAACAACGUUUGACUGCUGCUGCCACCACCGCUUAA